CUCUCCCUUCUCUCCCGAGUUUGCAGGGCCUCACUCAAGUCGACUUCCAUAUCCUGGAACCACACUCGUUCUAAUCCUAGGUCGCUACCUCACUGGCAAUCCUUUCAUAACUACGGUCUUUUGGACUAGUAACCACUGCGUUUAAGCACAAACACCCACUUGGCUGCCAAACAAUGAAUCGAUUCUCCGCGCUGUUGGUCCUGGUUCCCUUGCUGGCCUCUUUCACUGCUGUCAAUGCACAGGGCGGGCAGAGCUGCAACAUCACCAAUCUAUGCCCGUCGAGUGCGCCGUGCUGCAGCUCGUACGGUUUCUGUGGUACCGGCUCAUUCUGUAUGAGCGGGUGCAACCCUCUCUACUCUCACAGCCUCGAUUCUUGCAAACCGGACCCCAUCUGCCAAUCCGCAACCCACACCUUUGCGGAUAACUCGCGUAUCAUGCUCAACUCUACCGACUUUGAUGGGAAUGCUACGGAAUACGACUGGGUCGUGAACACGGGCAAUGUUACGAACACGAACGCAAACGGUGGAGAACUAGUUAUGAUCCUCACCGAGGAGGGCGGUGGCACCCGAUUGUCUUCGACUCGAUAUGUGCACUACGGGACGAUCACCACACGCCUGAAGACUGGUCGUUGGGCAGGCGUCGUCACGGCCUUCAUCACCAUGUCUGACAUCAAAGACGAGAUUGACUGGGAGUUCCCCGGUGCGAACACUACGACUGGCCAGACCAACUUCUUCUGGCAAGGAAACAUUCCUACCGACAGCCACGGUGGCACCGCGACCGGCCUUACUGAUACGUACAGCAACUACCACGACUACACCAUUGAUUGGCAACCCGAUACAUUGACUUUCAUGGUCGACAAUCAGACCGUUCGUACCUUAAAGAGGACUGAUUAUGAAGAGGACGGUGUCAGCAAAUACCCCGACACACCUUCGAGCAUCCAACUCAGUUUGUGGCCCGCGGGCAUCAACACCUCUGCUGAAGGCACCAUUGAAUGGGCCGGUGGUAUGAUCGACUGGACCAACUCAGACUACACCUCCGCCGGUCACUUCUACGCGCUCGUCUCUUCCGUCACCGUUCAGUGCAACGAUCAGAGCCCAUCAAAUGCCGACGCGAACAUUACGAGUUACGUAUACGGAGAGAAUUCCACAACGAUGACUCCCGACGUGUCCUUCUCGAACAAGAGCAUCUUGUUGAACGCGGCAGGCAGAGUUGGUGGUGGUGCAGAGGAUGCGGGCAGGAGGGUGUGGUGGGCUGUGGGUGCUGUGUUGUUGGGUAUGGUUGGUUUGGUCUAGGGGGUGAUAGUCGCGGUGAAGAGGAAGUUUGUUGUUUUGUCACUCGGAAUGGUUCCCUUUUGUGUUUUUUUUUGUCGUAUCUUCUUGUUCCUUCACUGUCAUCGUCUAUUCCCCGGUCGUUUCUUGGUCCCUUUACUUUCUAUGUUGUGCAUUCAUGGAUUCGUUUUGUUUUCUGGAUGAUACCCAUGCAUAUCCAUUUAUUAAGUUAAUAGGAUACGAUCUCGCCCUCCGAUCUGUCCCGACUAGUACUCUCCGUCGUAAUCCAACGUGCACGCGAGAACAUGUAGGUCAUAUGCGUAGACCUUGACCACCU